AAGAGCUUGGGUUCUACAUCUGAGCAUCUCCUGCAAGGGAGAGGGAAGGGGGAACGCUUGUCCUUGCAGGGCUAGCUGGAAUCCCUGCACGAGCUGGAAAUAGUCUUUGACACUUUGCUCCUGAAAAUGUUGGGAUCAGACCCUAAAUAGUGUGAUGAGGAUCUCAGGGUGUACAAAAUUUGUGCACUUAUUUAUUAUGAUUUUUGUUGUUCCAGCUAGGGCGGCUACCUGAGAGCCCUCUUCCUGGCAUUGGUACUAGGUCAGCUGUGCUAAUUAUUUUUAAGGAAGUUGGGAAAUAAUAGCCUGAGUUUUGGAAGACAUUUAACUCCUGUAUUUCCUCACCAUGCAGCCACAGUUGUGUCACCCACGAAGCCAACUGGUGGAGGCAAAAAUUGCAGUUCUGGGGAAGGCUUUUCCACUAGUCUUGGCAAGGUGUUUGUUCUGGGUGUGCUUUCAGCUCCGCCACUCACUUCCUAUGUGAUCCUGGCCAAGUCACUUUGACACUUUAUAUCCUUAUAUUCUGAAGUCAGUUUGGGAGUACUAUUCCUGAGCAUUUUCACUGAUGUCUGAAGUGCAUUGGUAUCCUGAAAGUAGCUAUUCUGGAGGACUGAAUUCAGGCUCUUUUGAGGUUUCUGAGCAGAGGUGCAGUGGAUGUGUAAGUCAUACCUGUUAAUGAGGUGCUGGGAAUAUGGCAUUGGUAUUGGAUAUGGCUGGGAAUUUGGUCUUGGCAGGGGAGAGUUAUCUCCAAAAGAAGUGGUGAGAAAAUUCUUGCUCGACUUCCCUUCCCCACCUGCCUUUAAGUUCCUGAGUCAUGGAAAUGAAAAUCUCUUUGGCAUACGCCCAUGAUUUGGGCUAGAGGGUGUGGAAGAAGCUAUGAUUGGAUCCUCAAAGCCUGUGGUUGUGAUAAGAACAUACUGUACCGGAAGAAACAAAUGUUAACCUUACUGGAGAGUAGAAGGUUUGAAAGAAACUUUUGGACUGUGAAUUGAGGCAUUGGAUUCAAGAUGGCCUCACCAGCAGACAGCUGCAUCCAGUUCACUCGCCACGCGAGCGAUGUUCUCCUCAAUCUCAACCGCCUUAGAAGCCGGGAUAUCCUGACGGAUGUUGUUAUCAUUGUGAACCGGGAACAGUUCAGAGCCCACAAAACAGUCCUCAUGGCUUGCAGUGGCCUCUUCUACAGCAUCUUCACUGACCAGCUCAAAUGCAACUUGAAUGUCAUCAAUCUGGACCCUGAAAUCAACCCAGAGGGGUUUUGCAUCCUCUUGGACUUCAUGUACACAUCCCGUCUGAACUUGAGGGAGAGCAAUAUCAUGGCUGUGAUGGCCACCGCACUGUACCUGCAGAUGGAACAUGUGGUUGAUACUUGCCGAAGGUUUGUCAAAUCUAGUGAAGCUGAGAUGGUAUCUGCUAUGAAGACUCCAAGGGAAGAAUUUUUGGCUGGCCGGAUGCUGAGCCACCCAGAGGUGAUGGCUUAUCGGAGCAGAGAUAUCUCAGAGAACAGCAUGCAUCUCCGAAAUGGAUCCCUUUGCGAUGGGAGGGCCUUUGCACCUGGCUUGUUCAACAGUUUGUCUGGCUCCUCCAUUUCCUACCCUGCAUACAGCCCUCUCCCUCUAAAUAGCUUCCUUGUGGAUGAUGACUUGCGGGAGAUGAGGAUGCCCCUCUCUGAACUCUCAAGGGCGAGUGCCUUCCCAAAAGAGAGGGUUCUGCCAUGUGACAGUUCUUGGACGGUCCCCACUGAGUACAAGAGGACCAUCACCGACAUCUCUGCCAACAUGUGCCACUCCACGAUCUAUGCUCCAAAAGAAGCUGCUGCUGAAGAAGCCAGGAGUGACAUGCACUACAGCGUAGCCUCUGGCCCCAAACCUGUUGUCCCCUCAGUCCGGAACAACUCCUACUUCUCUUGUGACAAAGUGGCCAAAGAGGAGGAACGGACAUCUUCAGAGGAUGAGAUCAGCCAGCACUUUGAGCCCACCAACACCCCCCUGGACCGCAAGGGACUCAUUAGCCCCCAGAGCCCCCAGAAGUCAGACUGUCAGCCCAAUUCACCGACUGAGUCCAGCAGCAGCAAGAAUGCCCGUAUCAGUCAGAGCUCCAGUUCUCUGGUCACCAAAAGCCCCACAGACCCUAAAGCCUGCAACUGGAAGAAGUAUAAAUUCAUUGUCCUCAACUCUCUCAAUCAGAGCACCAAGCAAGACAGUGCUGACCAGAACGAGAUGGGAACCCUCUCUCCUCGCACCUACAUGCCCAUGUCCACCUGCCAGCAGUCCAUGGAGCCAGAACAUCUCAAUGUGCAAUCCCCUACCAAGAUGAGCAUGAAUGGAGAAGAUUCCACUAUACCACAGGCGAGCAGACUCAACAAUAUUGUUAACAGGUCCCUGGAUGGGUCCCCUCGGAGCAGUGAAGGACAGUCCCCACUGUACAUGCAUUCAUCAAAGUGUAGCUCCUGUGGCUGUCAAUCCCCACAACAUGCUGAGAUGUGCCUUCACACCCCUGGCUCAACCUUUGGAGAGGAGAUGGGGGAAACCCAGUCUGAAUACUCUGACUCCAGUUGCGAGAACGGCGCUUUCUUCUGCAAUGAGUGCGACUGUCGGUUCUCUGAAGAGGCCUCUCUCAAGAGGCACUCUCUGCAAGUCCACAGUGACAAGCCCUACAAGUGUGAUCGCUGCCAGGCUUCCUUCCGCUACAAGGGAAACCUCGCCAGCCACAAAACCGUCCACACAGGAGAAAAACCAUAUCGCUGCAACAUCUGUGGGGCACAGUUCAACCGGCCAGCCAACCUGAAAACCCACACGCGCAUCCACUCUGGCGAGAAACCAUACAAGUGUGAGACCUGUGGAGCCCGAUUCGUCCAGGUGGCUCAUCUCCGUGCUCACGUGCUAAUUCACACCGGGGAGAAACCUUACCCCUGCGAAAUCUGCGGCACGCGCUUCCGACAUCUGCAGACGCUCAAAAGUCACCUUCGAAUCCACACGGGAGAGAAACCGUAUCAUUGUGAGAAGUGCAACCUGCACUUCCGCCACAAAAGCCAGCUGCGGCUUCACCUCCGGCAGAAGCACGGGGCCAUCACCAACACCAAGGUGCAGUACCGCAUCUCGGCGACCGAGGUGCCUCCGGAGCUCCCCAAGGCAUGCUGAAGGCUGAGGAUUUCCCCAGAAGCAUCGCAGUGGGGAAGGGCAGGAAAGGAAGUUGUCCAAAGGAUACUUAAAACUUUUAAAAAAGAAAAAAAAAAGAACGAAAAAGAAAAACAAGAAAAAAAAUCAUCACAUGAUGGAGUGCCUCUAAACCCAUAGUGCAGAUAGGUGGAAAAACAUUAGAAAUAAAUUAAAAAAAAAAAGACGGGUUUUAUUUUUUCCCAGUUAUGUGAAACUAAAAGAAAAAUAAAAUAAUUAUUCAGAUCUUAUUGUAUAUAAAACAUAAAAAUAGUCAUUUUAAAUGUCUGUGCAGUGGAGUGUUGAUAAACUCUGGAGUCUAACCUUCACAGCCUUUGCCGUUUGAAGAUGAGGAAUGUAAUGUUGAUUUAUGGGAACAGAUUUUUUUUAUAUGCAAAAUGCGUGUUCUUUUAAAGUAUGCUAUUAAAGAGAGGGCUUUAACUUUUUUAACCAAAGGUGAAGGAAUCUAUGGCAGAGUUGUAAAUAUAUAUAGAUAUAAAUAUAUAAAUAUAUAUAUAAAAUAAAUAUAUAUAGACCUUUAAAAAAGCUAUAUUAAAAAUAUAUAAAAUGCAUUAAAGGCUCAGUUGGACUCUGCAGGCAGAAGCCACUCUGAGAAUCUUUAUUAUGAUAGAGCACUUAACGAGAUAUUUUAAAGUAUUGCAUCUGUACAAGUAAGAAAAUAUUUUGUCUAAAUGCAUCAGUGUAUUUGUAUUUUUUUGCAAGUGAAGGUUUACAAUUUACAAAAAAGUGUGUAUUAAACCAACAAAGCUGCAGAAGGAAUUUAAAAUAAUAAUAAAGUGUAAUUUUUUGUUCUAGUUCUCAGUCUGUAUAUAUGUAAAAUGUGGUUUCGCACGGUGCCUUUCUUUUCAAUGGAAGUUUUCAAUGUAUGGACUAUAUUGAGCUCAGUUUCUUCUUCAAGGUACAGCCUGACAUUGCAAAAGGAGUUUUGGUGGAACUCUCUAUUGGAGAAUGUUGUUUUUGUUUUGUUUUUUGGUUAUUUUUUUUUCCAGUCUUAUUUUACAUGCUUGUGUUAUAAACAAUCUCGGGAGACAGGGUUUGGGCUGUGUCUAAACUGCAUUAAUGCAUUCUGUAAAAUAUAGCUGUACAAAUAAAAGAAUAAAAUGAAGAAAAGUGAA